GUUCACGCUCAACUUGAAACUAGCCAAACAAUAAAGACUCUUAUAAACUCGGAAGUCUCCCUAAUAUGGAUUCAAUUCACAUGCAUAGCACGGAAUUUGAGAAAUGGGUGUUGUAGUUCAAUCCACACUACCAAUACGAAAGGGAAGCACAAUAAAAUACAUUUUCUACAAGUUCAAGUUACAGUUCUUUUGAACUGGGCAGCGCAGUGACGCUGUGAUUACCCGGAGAAGAAGACAAAAAAAAUAACAUUGCGGAAGUUUACAGACACCUGCAACAUUGAUCGCUUUAACAUGGAAACUUUGCUCUCUUCACGGGGAAUAUAAGAACAUAUAGCGUCGUAAACACAUUGCGAACACCUCAAGCAGGUGUGCGUAUGUGUGAGAGUGUUUGGAGAUGACAUCCCCAUGGUGUGUGCUUGGAAACAAGAUCACUUCUCUUGGAUGGGCCGAUCUGUCUAAAAACACACACAUGCCACGCUCCAGCCUACUGUGUGUGGUGCUCUUCCCUGAUGGCACAACCCAAAAUUUUACUGUCAGUAAACAUGAUGCUGGUCAUCUGUUGUUUGACUUGGCUUGUGAACACUUAAACAUAGUGGAGAAACAGUACUUCAGCCUGCAGAUCAGUGAGGACACCUCCAGCUCUCCGAGGUGGUUGGACCCCAACAAACCCUUUAAGAAACAGCUGAAAGGUUCUGCUCCAUUCAUUUUAAUAUUUAGAGUGCGGUUCUUCAUCUCUGACCCAAACUCCCUCCAGCAUGAACAGACCAGGCAUUUUUAUUUCUUACAAAUUAAGAAGGACAUUCUUGAGGGGAGAUUAAAGUGUCCUCUGAGUUCUGCAGUGGUACUGGCUUCAUAUGCUGUUCAGUCUGAUUUUGGAGACUAUGAACCUGAAACUCCCCCUGAAUACCUCAGUCAGGCACAUUUUCUCCCUGAUCAAGACAAAGAGUUCCCUCUUAAAGUGGAGUCACUGCAUCCACAACACAAAGGUCUGUCCCAGAGUGAAGCUGAGUUGUGUUACUUGAAUACAGCGAGAACAUUAGACCUCUAUGGAGUGGAGCUACACAAUGCUCAGGAUGUGAGCAACCCUGCCCUCUGGGUGGGUAUUACUUCAGGGGGUGUGGCCUUGUUUUGCAAUUUAAUUUGCUCCAGUUUCUUCCCUUGGAUUAACAUCAUCAAAAUAUCAUUCAAAAGGAGAAGGUUCUUCGUCCACAUACGCCGGAAACAUGGUGAGCUGGACCACCAUGUGGUUUCUCUCUCCAUGCCAAACUCACGUGCCUGUAAGAACCUCUGGAAGUCCUGUGUUGACCAUCAUACAUUUUACAAUAGAAAGCCCUCUCAGUCAGAGUCAAAACUCAGAUCUAUCCCCCUGUACCGAAAGCUGAUUGGUGAGAAGACGUUGAACCCUGCAGUCAGGUCCAACUCAAUGGAACACCUGGAAACCAAGAGCCUACCCUCCCGGUCACCACCCAACACACCCAACUGGCGAAGUCCUCGAUUACGACAUGAAAUUCGUAAGCCACGCCCAUCUUCUGUGGACAACCUGACCAAUGAAAUGAGCUAUGUGACAGAGAGUGAAGACGUGUUCUAUACUUACAGGAAACCUCAAGAGGAUGGGAAGACGAGCAUUAGUUGGUCCCAUAGUGAUGAUGUCAUUGCAGAAGAGGACGACUUCCACCUGUGGGAUAAGAGUGUGACAGCUGAUGGAGAUUUGCUGCUUGUGAGAAUCAGCUCAGACCAAGAUGGGAAGUUUGGCUUCAAUGUUAAAGGCGGUGUGGAUCAGAAGAUGCCCCUGGCCAUCUCUCGUGUUAACCCUUCAUCUCCGGCUGGUCUCUGUGUGCCUCCACUGAUGGAGGGAGAUCAGGUGUUGUUGAUAAAUGGACGGGACAUUUCAGAGCACACACAUCAGCAGGUGGUCAUGUUCAUCAAAGCCAGCCGAGAGUCACACAGCAAGGAGCUCGCCUUGCUUGUGCGCCGCAAAGGUGUUUCUCUGCGUGCGGAGCCCACCCUACAGUUAGUUGGUGGCCUUACCCUUCCAGGUGAAAUAUCCCCGCUGUCCAGUCACCCAUCUGGAGAGACACUGAAAGAGUCCAUGGCCCGUCUAGAGAAGGGAUUGGUCACUGGAACACUGCUUCUACAGUUUGAGAAGUUGUAUAGGAAGAAAGAUGGAAUGUUAAUGUCUUGCGCAAAGCUCUCUGAGAAUAUGGACAAGAAUCGAUACAAAGAUGUAUUACCAUAUGACAUCACCAGGGUGGUGCUACAGGAGGAGGGGGAUGAUUACAUCAACGCCAGUCAUGUUAAAACUGAACCAGCAGGUUGCAUGCUGCCAUACAUAGCAGCUCAAGGUCCACUGCCCCACACCUGUACACACUUCUGGAGGAGUGUGUGGGAGCAAGACGUCAGUGUCAUCAUCAUGCUAACCACACUGACCGAGAGAGGACGGACCAAAUGCCACCAAUACUGGCCUCAUCCUCCUGAAGUGAAGGAUUAUGGGUAUCUUCAAGUGUGCUGUCACUCAGAAGAGUGUUACCUGGCAUACGUAACCAGAGAACUUACACUCACAAAUACUCAGUUGGGACAGCAACGCUCGAUCACUCAUUUGCAGUAUGUUGCCUGGCCAGAUCAUGGGGUACCAGAAGAUUCCUCCGACUUCCUGGAUUUUGUCCAGUCGAUGAGAAGCAUGAGAGGGGAGUCUUUGCCUCUAAUGGUCCACUGCAGUGCUGGGAUUGGGCGAACAGGUGUGUUGAUCACCAUGGAGACAGCCAUGACACUGAUGGAGAAGGAAAAGCCAGUGUAUCCCCUAGAGAUCAUUACCUUGCUGAGAGAACAGAGGGCCAUGCUGGUUCAAACAUCGUGCCAGUUCACCUUUGUGUGUGAGGCCAUUCUGAGGGUGUACAGAGAGAGAUUUAAACCAGGUCCAACACCUAACAGUUGAUAAGAAGAGAGGGACCGGACUGGAGUGUUUGAAAAUACAGACAAGAAGGAAGCCCCGCUACUGUGAUCAGACUCUUAAUAAAGAUUGAUGAAAAUAGAAAAUAAGGGUCAGGAAGUAGGGGGCGUGACAUGAUAAAGACAAUCUGUUCUCUUAUUGCAGUAUUUUCUGACAGCUGUGUGGAUCAAGGAGCAUGAUACACUUUGACACUUAAAGCUUAUAGGAUAUCCUGCAGUGCACACUCACACUCUAUUCCUCUGUCUCCAAAACACACACACACAGCACACUAUACAUAAACAAAAGCCACUACUACUACUACUAGAAUAUUUAAAUUUACCUCUGCUAAUAAUAAUAAAACGUGUAA